GAAAUGUCAGAAUGCACAUUCGCGCCAGUAUAUUUUUGAUUUUUUAGAAAUUUUUUAUUUUGAAAUAGAAAUACACAAAUAAAAUAGGAAAAUAAACACCAUAGAAUAUUAAACAAAUUUCAAAAGCAUCCAUAUGGGUAUCACAGGCUUGAUACCAUUUCUAGAAAAAUCCUCUUCCAAAGUUCAUCUUAAGGAUUUGCGAGGAACCACCGUAGCAGUGGACACAUAUUGUUGGUUGCACAAAGGCGUUUUCAGUUGUGCCGACAAAAUCUGUCGAGGCGAAGACACUGACAUGUAUGUCACGUAUUGUUUAAAAUACGUUUCCAUGCUUCUAUCCUUUGACAUCAAACCAAUUUUGGUAUUUGAUGGUCGUCACUUACCUGCCAAAGCUCUCACAGAAAAACGUCGACGAGAAAAUCGAGAUGUCUCGCGCAAAAAAGCAGCUGAGCUGCUUCGUCAAGGUAAAACUACCGAAGCGCAUUCACAAAUGAGACGAUGCAUUGAUGUAACUCACGAUAUGGCUCUGCGUCUCAUUAAAGAGUGUCGUUUGAGAAAUGUCGAUUGUAUUGUCGCUCCCUAUGAAGCUGACGCUCAAAUGGCGUUCCUAAAUAAGCUAGACAUUGCUCAGUAUGUCAUCACUGAGGAUUCAGAUCUUACACUUUUUGGAUGUAAAAAAAUCAUUUUCAAAUUGGAUUUGACCGGUUCUGGUUUACUUGUUGAGGCUGACAAACUUUACUUAUCGAUGGGUUGUCGCCAGGAAAAGUACACAUUCGAUAAAUUUCGAACGAUGUGUAUUCUUUCGGGUUGUGAUUAUCUUGAUUCUUUGCCAGGAAUUGGAUUGGCUAAAGCUUGUAAAUUUGUUUUAAUGACUGAAGAGGAUGAUAUGCGACGUGCUUUGCCCAAAAUUCCACAAUAUCUAAACAAGCGUUCUUUAGAAGUAAAUGGAGAUUAUGUUGAGAAUUUCCUUAAAGCAGAUGCAACUUUUAAGCAUAUGUAUGUCUAUAAUCCGUUAGAAAGACGCAUGCAAAGAUUGAAUGAUUUAGAGAUUUUCAAAACAGAUGAACGUUAUUGUUCAAAUGCUGGUGAGCCGCUUGAUGAUGGUAUUGCUUUUCAGUUGGCUCUUGGAAAUCUUAAUCCAUUUUCGUUAAAAGUACUUGAUACUUGGAGUCCUGAUCAUAGUCAGACUUUUAGCAAUGUUAAAAGGACGAAACAUAAAAGCAUUUGGCAAUGUAAUUUUACACCACAUAGUCAGACAGAUAAGAAACAACCAGUAAUUUCGUUUGCGAUACAAUUUAAGAAAGUUGAUUACUCGAAGAUGAAGAAAGAAGAAGAACCAGAAGAAAGGCCCGAAGAAGAUGAAAUAGUUUCAAUGUACAAUGGACCACAGCCUCCGAAAAAGAGGAUCUGCAGUGAUACAGACAAUUGCAUCAUUAGACCCACUGAACUAACGCCAACUAAAAAAACUUCUUACAAUCCAUUUCCAAUGGUUUCGCCACGAGAAAAGAAACCUAUUUUUGAAUUGGUUCUAAAGCCAAGUCCACGUAAACUGCCACCAAUUAAUCCAUUCAAACGUUCCAUAUUCACAACCAAAACUGAAGUUCGAAGUAGAUUUUUUGCAUCGAAUGUUUCUCUUGCUGGUGAAAAUAAUGCUCAAAGUGAAACAGAGACUAAAACGAAUCCAACACUACCAGAACAAACUUCUGAAGAAAUUAUUGAAAAAGUUACUCGAAUUGAAGAGAUCUCAAAAGAGAACAAUGAAAAGAAAGUGGCUUUAUAUGACUAUAAUUCUCCCUCACCAGUAAAGAAUUGUUCUAUUAAAUCAGAAAAAUCACCAAGUACCUUCAUCCAGCCAAUCAAAUCGGAGAGUGCUACACAAAGCCAAAUACCACCGAGUUUUGAUAGUGGAAUUAGUUCAAUGCGUACAACAGCUUCUGGAUCAUCAACACAAAUUAGUUGUAGAGAUAUUGGAGUUAAGAGAUUAAAAGAAGAAGACGAUGAUAAUGUGAUAGAGUUAUCGGAUAAUGAAGAAAAACCUACGCCUGCAUUUAAAAAAAUAAUAACUCCCAAAAAAAUACAACCUGCGAAACCUCGAACUCUUGGAUUAUCAAAAGUGAAAAGGACAAAUAGCAUUACAAGCAAGGUGGUGCCAUCUAAUCAAACUCGUUUAAGUAUGUUUGGUUUUCAAAAAAAACCAUCGUUAAAAUGACAAACCGUGCCAGUCAUACAUACAUAUCUCUUCGUUCCAGUUUCAGUAUUUAUUUAUUUACAGUAUGUUUUGUUAUGUUUAUGUUAGUUUUUGUAUAAGAAUAUAAAUUAAUAACUUAAAUCUA